GGCUUCUGCAAGAUGGGCAUGGCCCUGUCGCCGGACGGGCGGUGCAAGACCUUCGACGAGUCCGCCAACGGCUUCACCCGCGCGGACGGCGCCGGGGCGAUCGUCCUGGAGCUGGCAUCCAAGGCACAGAAGGCGGGCAAGCAGGAGCUGGCCAUGGCCCUGGGCGUUUGCGUGAACCAGGACGGGCGCUCCGCCACCAUCACGGCGCCCAGCGGCCCUGCUCAGCAGCGCUGCAUCAACGCCUCGCUGCAGGAGGCAGACGUCAAGGGCCUGGAGGUGUCCCUAGUGGAGGUUCAUGGCACGGGGACAGCCCUCGGGGAUCCCAUCGAAGUGGGCGGCAUGAAGAGCACCCUGGGCAAGGGCCGGUUGGAGGACAAUCCCUUGGUCCUGGCGGCCGCCAAGUCCAUCCUCGGGCACACCGAGGGCUCCGCCGGGGUGGCGGGGCUCAUCAAGAUGGUGGCGGAGUUCAAUCACAGGAUUGUGCCGAAGAACCUCCACUUGAAGAACAUGAAUCCCAACAUCGACCUCACCGACUUCCCGGUCAUCAUGCCCAGCAGCAUCAUCGACUGGAAGGUCUCCCGCGCGGUGGCGGGCACCUCCUCCUUCGGCUUCUCGGGAACCAACAGCCACGGCACCCUGGAGGCGCCCGGAAAUGGCGAGGGCAAGAACGUGGCCUUGGAGAGGCCGGAGAGGCUAUCUUGGAACCGCACCCAUCACCGGAUGUACCACGAGUGGUCGGAGGGCCUCUGGUUCUCCCUGGAGUGGCGAGCUUUGGCGGUGCAGAAGUCGGAUCUCCCGCUGCCCUGCCUGGUGCUGGGAACCGGAGCCCUGGCGAAGGCCCUGCAGCCCCUGCUGGGCGACUGCGAUCUUGCGGAGAGCGCUGACGCGCUGCAGCGCAAGAGCUUCAAGUCGGUGCUUUUCUUGGAUCCGGCCACCUGCGAGGACCCCACGCUCACAGGGUCAACUUUGCCUCGGCUCCUGGAGCUGUGCCAAAGUUUGGAGUCUCAGCGUCUGGUGGUUGCCACCUGCUCCCAGGCCUCGAAGCCCGGCACGGCGCUGCUGGGCUCUGCGGUGGCGGGGUUCCUGCGGUCCAUGCCGCUGGAGAAGCCGCAGCUCAAGGCGCGGCUGGUGGACCUGCCCGGCUCCUUUGAGUCGAGCCCGGAGACAUGGGCUGAGCGCUUGCGCGAUGAGCUGUCAGCCAAGGACCUGGAGCGAGAGGUGGCCUUCGGGGAGGACUUGGAGCGCCAGGUGCCGCGCCUGGCGAAGUUCAAGCUGAAGCCCGGGGUGACGCUGAUGGACCAUCCCCAGAAGACUCAGCUGGUCACCGGCGGCCUCGGCGGCCUCGGCCUCGUCACCGCCCACGCCCUGGCGGAGCCCCGAUUCGAACACGGCCGGGGGCCGGAGGCUACCGAGGCCAAUCCGGCCGGCUGCGCCAUUUCGCAGCCUCGGCGGCUUCGCCGCUGGUGCAUGAGCAUCUCGGAGGUGAUCUUCACCCACGACGAGAAUCGGCACCUCGCUCUCAAGGAGCUGGACGGUGCCUUCGUAUCACCGCCUAAGAGCACGUGGCGGUUGGCGAGGUCUAGGCGGCGGAGACCGGGGACCGAGCCACAACCUUCGCUCACUGGAAGAAGAACCAAGCUGAUCCACUUCGCCCUCUUGCUCUACAGCCUCAUCGUGGCAGGCAUGGCGAUGCCCUCCGGCGGCGGAGGAAUACCACUGACAGAGUUCCGGCGAGACCUUCCUCCUGGAUGGGAACCAGGAGAUCCGAACUACACGCUGACCACCUACUUCCAGCGACUUCGACUGUGGUAUCGCCAGACGGAGGUGCCCGAUGAGUGCGUGGGCCCCAUCGUGGCCGGGAGGCUCGGGCCACGAGCUCAAAGAGUGGCCCUUGAGCUCAGGCUUGUCAGGCCUGACGGCCAGGUGGACGUGGGCGACGCGGCACUGGUUCGCCUGAGCGUGGACGAAGUCAGAGAUCCGGCUGACCCCACGCAGAUCCUCCAGCAUGCAAUCCCGAGUGGAGUGCAAGCACUUUGCAAUGCGCUCCGAGCUGCUUUUGGCCAGACGGAUGAGCAGCUCCUCACGAAGGCGCUGGAAGCCUUCUUUGACUUCAAGAGGAAGAACGCCAUGACGUUGCAGGAGUUCUCACUGGAGUGGGACUUGCGGUUUGAGGAGGCGCAGACGCGAGCAGGCCUGGACAUGAACAUGGUGGGUCGAUCGUACCUCUGGCUGAAGCAGAGCAACAUGAGCCAGAAGUUCUGCGAUGACCUCAAACUGCAGGUGCAGGGCGACAUGUCCCGUUUCAAUGACAUCAGGACCCUGGCACUGCGGCUUGCUCACCAACACGCAGAUGGACACAAGGGGGACAUCUUCUAUGGCGAGGACUCCCGCACCGAGGAGCACGAGAUGGACCCCAACAGCGAGGACUACUUCGAUUACCAGGCCGCUGACUCGAUGUACUACUGGUACGAUGGAGAUGAUUGGUGGAGUCCUGACCACGACUACCAGGACUACUUCGAGGACUACACUACCGAGGACUGGUGGUACGAUGAGUCUGAGUGGCAGGGAGAUGCAACUGCGGACCAAGCCACCUCAUGGACGGCAGACUUCGACAAGCCCGACUCGGAGAACCAAGACCCAGAGAAUGCGGAGGUCUAUGGCAAGGGCUUCAACAAGGGCAAAGGCAACGCAGGAGCCAAGAACCUCAGCUUCUCCUUCCACGUUGGCCUCUACAAGACCGGUGGCGACAGCGUCGAUGAGGUCUACCAUACAGUCGGCGGCCAUCGCCGACGAGGACUCAUCAUCGACCCCGGAGCAGCCAACAGCCUGGUUGGCACGGAGACUUUGAGGGAUCUGGUCGACCACUGCGACCAGUCCAGCGUCAUCAAAACGAGCAUGCAGUGGCAGGAGAAGCAAGCGGAGGUCACUGGCAUCUCGGGCCAGUCAGACCCUAUCUUGGGCCAGGUCACUAUGCCACUCCCGAUGUUCGAGGAACUGCGCGAGGCAACAUACACCGCGGACGUCAUCGGGGGCAACGCCUCACUAUGUCCGGCGCUGGUGGGGAACCCAGGUUUGGUAGGCAUGAGAGCCGUGAUAGCCUCUGCCUGGUUCCAGAACAACGACGGCCUGCUCAUCUUACCCACGGACAAGGGGAUGAAGACCUUCAGUCUCUAUAGGCUGUUGUUGACGGACUCCAAGCACUAUUUGCUGCCAGUUGACGGCAAGAUGCACUCAGAGAAUGAGGAGCACCGCAAGGCAGCCACCUUCCUCUCCAAAGUCCAGGAGCAGUCCGCGAAGAUAUGGUCGGACACGAAGUACAGUGUCUGGCACUCUGAUGGAAAGAGCCCAGGACGGAAGCGGAGUGAACUUCAUGAACUACCACCUGGAAAGCAAGAGCACCUCUCCAUCGUGGACGGCACGGACCUGGAACCCGAGGACUACUGGACGGUGGACUUCGGUGAUGACGGACCGAUCAGGGUCACAAGAGUCCAUCGACGACCGAGGAUGGCAUUCUUUUUGCCCACGGACGUGGAGUUACCUCCAGGCGUAGAAGCCGACCUACUACAAGAUGGGAGAUCCACAGAAGUGCAGCCACGAGACGGUCAACCAGCCCACGACGUCUUCGACAACUGGCGCACCAACAAUCCCGUGAAUCCCUUCACUUGGACCGGCUUCACGCACUUCACACUUCGAGAGGACACCACUCAUGCAGCACCGUCACCGGAACCGGAGUCACCUGACUCUCCACCGGGAGCAGACCACAGCAACCCCAAGGACAACCAGCACGACCAGAGCCACAAGGACUACCAUCGCACUGCCCCAGAUGAGUGCUACUUCAACUUGCCAUCUGCCUACCCCGGAGAUGACAUACCUCACGAACUACCAGCACAGAAGCAGCAGCAACUUCGGAGGCAGUACAAGUUGAUGCCAGAGGAGUACUACCAGCACACCGGGAAGCGAGUCAUCAAGCCCGACAACUACCACCAGUGGACGAGUUCUCGCUCACGCAAGAAGUGCAACUUCUGGGAGAUCUGCUCAGGAAGCUCGCGGCUCUCCCUGUUGGCCCUUAUCAGCGGGCUGAUGGUUGCGUUCCCAGUAGACCUCAGAUAUGGCUGGGACAUUGGCAACAAGCACCACCAGGAACUUCUACUACACGCUCAAGACCUGAUCGAUCCCGACGUGAUCCUUAUGUCGCCCAACUGCAGGCCUUGGUCCAUCUCAGCCAAUCGGAAGAAGCCAGAGGACCGUGAUCGAGAUCGAGAAGAAGAAUUUGAGUCUCUGUGUUUUCUUCUUCGGAUGGCCCAACGGCAGGCAGACAAGGGGAAAGCCUUCAUCCUGGAGCAGCCCUUCUCUUCGGCUAUGUGGACUCUCUCGCCUAUGGCAAGGUUGAGAGACAUUGAGGGAUGUCGGUCAAGGCAGCGGGUUGACCAAUGCAUGCAUGGAGCCUGCGAUGAGAACCGCAUUCCCAUCAUGAAGCCGACCGGACUGCAAGCCAACAUGGCGCUGCGCAACUCGUGCAAGCGAUGCCAAGGAAGACAUCGCGAUCACUCUCAACUUCAAGGAUCAGACCACCUCGGCCGGCAGCGCACCAUCAUGGCGGCGGUCUACCCCCGGGGCUUCUGCAAGGCCAUCAUAGCCGACAUCAAGAAGUUCAUCGGCAAACCCAGUCGAGGACAUGAGGACUACCAUAUCUACUACAAGUGCGACAAGUGCCGACUGGGCAGAGAAGCUCCUCCAGGGACCGAGCACAGUCUGGUGCCCAGAGAGUGCCGGCAUGCAUCUUCACUACCUACACCGGGGACCUCAUCGGCCAAGGUCUCCAGGAAUGUCACCACUACACUUCCAGACCUCAUGGAGCAGUUCAAGAGGGAAGCCAUGCGGCAUCCUACGAUCCACGACAUCAAGCUCACCAUGGACCAUGAGAUGCCGGCGAUUGACACGCUCAUGCUGAAGCUGCUCUUCCUGAAGGUAGUGGAGGAAGGCGUGAACAUCAUCGAGGCCCACAAGCAGAAGUACCGGCACUGGACGGAGGAUCCGGUCUACUUAGCCAUCGCUCGCAAGAUCUUCAAGAAGGUCCUGGAUGUGAAGGGCAUCUGCUGCACCCUUCACGACGACGAGAUCCCUGUUCCAAUGCCGUACCUUCGCACGGCAUCUGCACCGCUGCGGUUGGUCUUCAAGGGCGACGUCAAGUGCUGGACUGCCCUCACCUUGGAGGACAUCAGAACGCUCAGCCAACCGCGAACCAAGAUCAUGCACGAUGGCUGGCUGAUAGCCAUCUUUGGAUCUGCUCCGAAUGAUCAAGAUCACUGGGAGAUCGACGAGGCUGCUGGCAUACUACGGAGGCACCACGUCAAGGCGCGCCUAGACAUGUUUGUGCCCACCAGCAUUGCCUGCCCGAUCCCCACGGAGCAGCUCACGGAAGAGAGACGAACCGUCGCAGACCCCUACGACAAGGCGGGCUCGAAGCUGGUGAUCUCCGACACCUGGACACGCAGGGACAGCUAUCGCCACCUCAUGGGCGAAGACCGAUGGACCGGAGUUACCGAGUUCAAAGUCGUCCAGGAGAAGGCCGAUGAAGAGGAGAUCACGGACCCGGUACAGCGCCUGGCGGAGGAAUCCGAGAAGCAACAGGCUCAGGAGGAGGAAGAAGAUACUACCAUGGACAUCGCAGAGGACGACUCGGACCAGGGUGUCAUUAGAGCACCCAUGAAGCCACUCUACGACUUCAGGCGAGUUCUUCACCGGCUUCCGCGACUUGCCGAGCAUGACCAUCUACAGGCCGAAAGGCUACUACUCGGCCUUCAUGAAAGAUUCUGGCACGCAGGAGUUGGCGACAUGACGAACCUGCUGAUCAGAGCCGGCAUGCCCAAGUCAGUGAUCGGCAUGAUCUCCAAAUCAGUGGCACAAUGCAAGGUCUGCAAGCGGUUCACACGGUUGCCCAACCGACCACAGGUCAAGACGGGCCACGUGACUACGUUCAACCAGGAGAUCCAGGUGGACUUCUUCUUUCUCUGGGAGAACACGUUCAUGCUGAUCAUCGACGUGGCCACCCGGUACAAGACAGCAGUCAGAGUCACGAGCCGGGAGCUGCGCCCCACUUUGAGGACGCUGAUGACCAACUGGUUCAGAUGGUUUGGACCUCCAAGGACCAUCACCUGCGACCAGGAAUCUUGCCUCAUGAGUCACGAGGCAGGCGCUGAGAUGGAGCGACUCAACAUCCGACGGAACCCUUCCGGAACUACGAAGGGAACCGCCUCAUCUCAGAAGACAGCAACCGGACUGGUCGAGAAGCAUGUGGACCUGACGAAGCUGGUCAUGCUGAAGACCAAGGCAGAGCUCGAGAGACAGGUCGCCGAGGUGGACUACGGCGACAUUGCCAUGGAAGCCGCCAUGGCGCAGAACCUGACCCUCAACCUCGGUGGAUACACUCCACACAUGUGCGUCACAGGCGCACUGCCUUUUCCGUUCUACGACGUGGACUCUGUGGGACUGCAAUCUGUCCACGGCACCACAGAUCAGAUGGCCAUCUCCGUCUACGAGCAAGCACUACGACUCAGGCAGGCAGCGCUCACCGCAGCCACGCAGAGCAUCAUGGAGUCACGACUGGUGCGGGCUGGACGCACGAGACCUCAGCAAGUACCUGUCGGAGAGCUGAAGCCAGGCAUCUCCGAAGUGGAGUUCCACCGCGAAGGCAUGGAUGACUUCGGCUGGCGAGGACCUGCUACGCUCCUCAAGAUUGGGGACGGCAACGCGAUCAUCGAGUACCAGGGGAAACCAUACCUCAUUCCUCUUCGGUGUCUACGGCACUUCCGUGGAGUCUUCUUCGUUGACGAGUUGGAGGACCAGCAGAAAGAGAUGGACUCCUGGAAAGCGCUGAGGAGGAUCAUGAAGUACGUGGAGAACCUGAGUCCCUACAAGGAGCACACUCUUGGCUACAUCCACCACCACAACAAGUGGAUCCAGAUGCCCCGCGACAUGGAGAACUCGGAACGCGAGAACCUUCUCAGCGAUAUCCAGACGGCGUCCAAGUUUGUCAUGGACGACCAGUGUCACGGGAUGCGAGCAGGAGUUGGGCUGAAGAAGCUGAAUACGCCCGGCAACACCCAGGGCGUGUUGAUCUGCUGGCCGAAGAACACAAAUCGGCUCACGUUCCUUGAGAACCCCAACAGCAAGAUCAUGAUCGUCAAGAAGCUCUCUAGCAUGCAUAGAGACGACGUGUGCAUGCUCUACCUGUAUCACUACGGCGACAAGCAGUUGGAGGAGGAACCACGCAGUCAACCACCACCACAUCAACCUCAACCACCAGCAAGCAUGGAUGUGGACAACCAAGGUGCCGGACGAGCUGACAAGAGGUCUGGCACAGACACCAGGACAGUCACUUUUGGACCUGAGGCGAAGAAGCAGAAGUACGCCUACACUGACUAUGGUGAUCGGGUGCAAGAGGCAUUCCUGUCAAUGCGCCAGAGACGCUGGGAAACACAGCUACCUGCGGAAGAACCAUCAGGAGAUGAAGCCUCACCUUGCACUACCACCACGAAUCCACCACAACAGGAGACGCCUAACUACACCACCGAGCACACCUUGACAGCCACCAACCUCUUCACCAUGCACGGCACGAACGCCGACAAGUACUACGCGGACAUCCGCAAGGGCGGCAUCUUCAGAGUCGACACAAGCACCGACUCGAUCCAUGAAGACCAGGUGUACGGAAUCUGGGAUCAAGUUGAUGCCGCGGACAAGAAAGAGGUUUCGCAAUUCCUUGAGGAGAAAGCCUUCAAGAAGGUGAAGCGCUCAGAUCUUGGCAAGGACGCCAUAUUGAUCGACGCGAUAUGGGUGAGAAAAUGGAAGAAGCAAGAAGCUUCUCGUGUGGUGAAGUCACGGCUUUGUGCUCGAGGAUGCCACGACCCCUUCAAGCAGGAGAUGUCGAACAGGAGCACGACGGCCACUCGACUCUCGCAACGGCUUCUGGUUAUCACUGCCACAAACAAGCGGGAGCCCAUUGAGAGUUGGGACGUGGCUGGAGCGUUUCUGAAGGGACUGACCUACGACAAGCUCUACAAGCGCCUCAAGGAGCUGGGCAUCAAGACAGUUGAAAGGGUAGUUGCCAUUGUGGUGCCAGCAAAUGUUUGGAGACACCUCGGGGAGAUGGACCGGGAGUUCUACCUGAAGCCAGGUGAGGAGGACGAGUACGCCCUCAUCUGCCUUAAACCGGUUUAUGGACUCUCAGAGGCCCCACUGGCUUGGCAACUCUACCUGCAUCAGUGCCUGGCGGAGAUGGGCGCGGUUCAGAGCGUCUUCGACGAGAACUACUGGGUCUGGCGACAGCCUCAACGGGAUGACUCGAUCAUCCAAUGGCCUGUCGCUAGCAUCACGACUCACGUGGACGAUCUGGCGGCGACCGCAGGUCAGAAGUGGCUGGACACCAUGUAUGCACGCAUGGUGGCGAAGUUUGGGAAGCUCUCAAGGCAAGUUCUCCCUUUCGCUCAUUGUGGAUGCACCUACUCGCGCAUCGCUGACGGCUACAAGAUCGACCAAACAGACUACGUCAAGAUGCUGAAGGCGCCAGAGAUCGAGAAGGAGAUCGCCGACGACCAUCCUCUCAACCCGCAGCAGGUCACACAGCUGCGAUCUGUCGUUGGCGGAUUGAUGUGGGCAUGUGUGACACGCCCUGACAUCAUGGCUGAGCUGGCGCAAUUGCAGGGCAUCGUCACAAGGGCAUGUGGACGUCACCUACAUCAAGCCAAGGCCCUCGUGAAGCGAGCACAAGCUGACGCAGAAGCGUGCCUUAUCUACCUACCUCUACCACGGCGACACCUUCGGCUGUUUUGCAUACAUGAUGCUUCCGCGGCAAGUUCAACCAAGAACUAUGCACAGGAAGGCGUGGUGAUCUUGCUCAUGGCAGACAACAUCAACAUGGAGAAGGAGCACUACGUGGCGGACGACAGCUUCGCUCAGAAUCAGCUCUCUGGAAGAGCUCAACUGGUCUACGCCAGCAGUAACAAGGCGAAGCGGAUCAGUUAUUCCACGAGCCACGGGGAGACGCUAGCGGCCAUCAAUGGACUGGAGAACGCGACACUUCUGUCCGCUAGAUUCUCCGAGAUCACUACGGGAGGCAACAAGCCGAGCAUACACGACCUACUUGCAGUUCAGGAACAUGGAGCACGUCACUUCCCAGUAGACGCUGCCACAGACUGCAGGGACGUCUUCGAGUUGACAACAGGCCAUAGGAGCCUGCCACAGGACAAGAGCCAGAGACUUUACAUUCUGGCACAUCGUGAAGCGCGAGCAGCUGGACGACUUCGAUGGUUUGUCUUGCUGCCCACGGAAUGCAUGACGGCGGACAGCCUCACCAAGGUGAUGCAAUGUCCCAACAUGAUGGAGCUCCUCACGACCGGUCGGGUGAAGUUCUUCAACACCGGCCACUCCAUCGAGAUGAAACGUUUGCCACCGCAGACAUCAGUCUCCGAGGAGGACCUGUUGGAGGGUGACAACGCCAUCAUCCCAUCAUCAGGUACCAUAGGAAAGGGUGCCAUCACGCUCAUGGCGCAACAGCCUAUGAGCCAUGUGGCCAUUGCCUCGGCCACUGAUUUGGGCGCCCGCACGCUGGUGCUUUGCUCACGCCGUGGUCAAGUUGCUGCGGGCGACGAGGUCGCGCAGCAGCAGUUGGAGGAGUUGAAGGUGAAGCCCGGCGUCACUGUGGCAGCCUGGGCCUGCGACGUGAGCGAGUCCGAGGACGUGGCCAAGCUGCUGCAGCGUGUGGACUCGGAGCUGAAGAGCCCCCUGGGCGGAGUGGCGCACGCGGCGGGCAUCAUCGACUUUGUGGAGCUCAAGGCGCAGAGCGCGGAGCGGAUGGCGAAGGUCUUCAAGCCCAAGGUGACUGGCGCCUGGAACCUGCAUGAGGCGACCAAGGACCUGGGCUUGGACUCCUUCUUGGGCUUCAGCUCUGUGUCGGCCCUCAUCGGGCUGUCGCGGGGUACCAGCUACUCUGCCUCCAACGCCUACCUGGACGGCUUGAGCGCGUGGCGUUUGGGUCACCAACUCAGCGCCUGCAGCGUGCAGUGGGGCCCCGUGGCGGAGGUGGGCAUGGCCAGCAAGGACCACAGUGGUCAAGCGGAUUCGGCAUUGCGACAGCUGCCCCCGGGCCAUGUGAAGGCGGCGGUGAAGAUGGCCCUCUGCGCCAACGAGCACCGCCUCUGGCCCCGCAGCGCGCUGUGCUUCGCGCAGGUCGAGUGGGGCCGCUUCUUGCGGGAACUGGGUGCGGAUCUCCCCAUGCUCGAGGAUUUUGCGGGCGAGGAAGAGGCCGUGGCGUCUGGAGGUGCUAAGGGUCCCGUGCUACCCUCGGCACUGCGGGGCUUGGCGCCCCACCAAUUGGAGGCCAAGAUUGGGGACCUGGUGCAAGGCAUCGCGGUGAACAUUUUGGGGGUGGACGAGCUCAGUGGGGAUGCCCCCCUCAUGGAGGCAGGCCUCGACUCCCUGUCCUCAGUGGACUUCCGCAACUCCGUGGCAAAAGAGCUGCCCGGGGUGAAGCUCCCGAGCACCCUGAUGUUCGACCACCCCACCACCAAAGCCAUCGCGGCCUUCGCGGCGGAACAGCUGGCAGACGUGGUGCAGGUUCCCAUCGGGGCUCAGGCCGAGUCCAUGGAGAAGGCGGACUUCAGGCCGGGCAGGCUGCAGUCCGCCCUCCCAGUGGGGGAUGGCUUCAGCAAGGCUGCGGUGGCCGUGAAAGCAGCGGCCUGUCGCUUCCCGUUGGAAGGGACCACUCCGCAGGAGAUGUGGGAGCAGUUGACCAAGAAGACCGACGGCGUGACGGAGAUCCCCUUGGAGCGCUGGGAUGUGGACGCCUACUUCGAUGAGGAUGCGGAGGUGCCGGGCAUGAUGAGCGUGCGCCACGGUGCCUUCGUGAAGAACGCGGACCUCUUCGACAGCGCCUUCUUCGGGCUCAGCCCCGCGGAGUCCAAAGUCAUGGACCCCCAGCAGCGACUGCUGCUGGAGGUCAUCUAUCAGUCCUUCCACGCGGGGGGGCGGCCUAUGAACACGCUGUCCAACCUGGACGCGGCAGUGUGUGUGGGUCAGUGCAACAACGACUGGGGGCACCUGGGCUUCAGCGGCUCCACCGAGUCUUCUGAGAAGAUUGGGCCAUACACCGGGCUUGCCGUGUCCACGUCCAUUUCCUCCAACCGGGUGUCCUAUCUGCUGGGCCUGAAGGGCCCCUCCGCUACGGUGGACACCGCCUGUUCCUCGCGGUCCUUGGUGGCGGUGGACAUGGUUGCCUCCAACCUGCGGCGCGGGCGCAGCUCCUGUGGCGCGGCCGCCGGGGUGAACUUGUGCCUCAUCCCCGGGCCCUUCGUGGCCUGCAGCAAGGCCCACAUGCUCUCGGAGGACGGGCGGUGCAAGACCUUCGACGCCGCGGCCAACGGGUACGUGCGGGGCGAGGGCUGCGGAAGCGCGCUGCUAUCACUGGAGGACUCGGCGGUGAUUCUGAUCAAGGGCACCGCGGUGAACCAGGACGGGCGCAGCUCCUCGCAGACGGCCCCCCACGGGCCCUCGCAGCAGGCGGUGAUUUUGACCGCCCUGGCAGAGGCGCAGGUGGCGCCCAACGCUGUGGCGGCCAUGGAGACCCACGGCACCGGCACCGCCUUGGGCGAUCCCAUCGAAGUGGGCGCCCUGAAGAACACCUUGGGGGAGAACCGGACGUCUCCGUUGGCGCUGUGCGCGGUGAAGACCAACCUGGGGCACCUGGAGGGCGGCGCCGGAAUGGCUGGCCUCUUGAAGGUGAUGUCCAUGCUGCCGCGGCGCAAAGCGCCCCCGAAUCUGCACUUCCAGGCGCUGAACCCCCACUGCGACCUGGAGGACUUCCCCACGAACAUCCCGACCGACACCUUGGAGCUGUCACUGCAGGGCGCUGCCUCCUCCGGCCUUUCCUCUUUUGGCUUUGGAGGCACGAACACCCACGUGGUGCUGGAGGAGUUCGGAGCUUCGGCGGCCAGCGCUUCGGCCCUGGCGCCGCUGGGACUUGAGGCAGCGCCCGUGUUCAAGCGCCAGACCUUUGCCUGGCAGCCCAGGCGCCACGCCUUGCUGUCACGCUCCCUGAAGACCCCGGAGGGUGUGCAGGUCUUUGCACAGCCCUUUGCGGGCAAGCUGCUGCAAUUGGUGAGCCCCGUGACAAAUCAGCCAUACCUGCGUGGUCACCACAUCAUCUUCGGAGAGAUCGUAGUACCCGGUGCCACCUACCUGGAGAUGGUUUUGGAGGUUGGCGAGGUGCACCUGAACUGCAAGGACAAGCAGUGGAGCAUCCGCAAGGUGGGUUUUACCGCCCCUUUGGUGCUGAAGCAGGGCGAGGAGGGGAAGCUCGCGCGGGAGGUGGACUUGUAUUUGGAGAUCUUCCCGGAUCAGCACUGGGCGAUGAGUAGCUACGACCCCAAGGAGCGCACCAAGCUGGCGACCCACGCGGAGGGUGACUUGGAUCUGAGCUACCAGGAGCCUGAGCUGCCCUCCCAGGACCUCGCCGAGGUGCCCUUCUCCAAGAUCGGCCUGCCGCUGCAGCCCCGCUUCCGCACCGUGCGCCACAUCCUGCGCGGGGACAGCGAGGUGCUGGCACGCAUUGCAGCGCAAGAUGAUGGUACCAACAGCAACUACCUUUUCAACCCCGCCGUCAUCGAUGACGGAACCUUCCAGGGCAGCAUGGCCUUCAUGCUGGAGCGCCACUCCACGGAGGUGGACGGGCUGAACUCCCUGCGGAUUCCGCUGAUGGUGCAGAAGGUGACCCACUUCGGCCAAGGAUCCCAGACCGAUAUUUUUGUGCACCACACGCUCGUGGAGAUCACCGAGCGCGAGAAUUGCGUGAACUCCAAGCUCUGCAAGGAGGACGGCGUCAUCAUGAUGGGCUUCGAGAACCUCAGGUUCCGAGAGGUUCGGCCGGAGCACAUUGCCAAAAUGUUGCAGCAAGCCACCGACGAUGUGGAGGAGGACAUUUUGCAGGUGGAGUGGACCAACAUGGACGGCACACCCGCUGCGGCGAAGGAUGGCGCUGGCGUGCUUUUUGUCGGUGCCCCGCUGCUGCAAGAUCCUCUUCGGGCCCUGCUGCCAAAGGCCAGCUUCGCUGACAGCGUGGCCGUGGAGCUCAAGGGGCUCAAGGCCGUGGUUCUCUUGGCAGCGCUGCAGGAAGCGCCGGAGCUGGUGGUCCUGGAGGAUGCUGUGAAGCUGACCCAGGCCGCCUUUGCGUGUAUCAACAAGGGCGAGGAUUGCCCACAUGUGGCUUUCGUGACCUGCGGGACGCAGGACGUGGCGACCUCCUCCGGUUGUGGCAGCUACCUGCACGCGGGGCUUUGGGGCCUGGCCCGCACGGCCCGCAUGGAGGAGCGUGGCUUGUCCUUGCGGUGCUUGGACUUGGAUGCGUAUGAGCAGCCUGACCAGGCGGCCCAGGCGCUGGUUCAGAGCCUCGGGACCCUGAUGGGCAUGGGCGCUGGGGCCCCCGAGACGGAGCUGGCAGCGCGGGAGAAGACGCAAGUGUCCCGCUUGGCGCGGAGCACCGUGCAGGUGCUGAAGCCAAUGCGCCUUCAGAUGUCCUCCCGCGGCAGCCUUUCGAACCUUCGCCCGGUGCCUCAAGUGGCGCGCCCCGUGCCGCUGCCGAAGCAGGUGGAGCUACGGAUCCGCGCCAUUGGCUUGAACUUCCGGGAUGUGCUCAACGUUAUGGGUAUGUACCCGGGUGACCCGGGCAACCCUGGCGGGGACUGCGCUGGCACAGUGUGCUCUGUGGGCGCGGAAGCAGCCUCGCUGCGGCCGGGGAACGACGUCUUCGGCAUCGCCUGGGGCUGUUUGCAGAGCUACGCCUGCACCGAAGCACUGCUGCUGGCGCCCAAGCCAAAGUCCUGGUCCUUCGAGCAGAUGGCCGCCUGGUCUGUGACCUUCGCGACCACCGAGGAGGCCUUCCAAGAGCUGGCGCCUCUGAAGAAGGGCGAGCGCGUGCUGAUCCACGCGGCCACGGGGGGCGUGGGUCUGGUGGCGGUUCAGUUCGCGCAGCGGGUGGGCGCCACCGUCUUCGCCACCGCCGGCGCCCAGACCAAGGUGCAGCAUCUCAGGGACAUGGGCGUGAAGUACAUCACCAGCAGCCGCGAUGUCAAGGUGUUCGAGGAAGACAUGAAGCGCUUUUUGAAGGAGGACGGCGCCGAAGGUGUGGAUUGCGUCUUGAACAGCCUCAGCCACGACGACUACAUCCCCAAGUCCUUGGGCUUCCUACAGAAGGGCGGCCGCUUUAUGGAGAUCGGCAAGCGCCUGAUUUGGAGCCACGACCAGAUGCACCAGACGCGGCCGGACGUGCAGUAUGAGAAGAUUGCCAUGGAUUGGGUGAUGGAGUACCAACCAGAGCGCUACAACGUCUUGAUGCGGCGCCUGGUAUCGCAGAUCGAGCAAGGAUGGUGGAAGGAGGUGCCGCUGACCAUCUACGAGAAUUUGACCUCCGGCAUCGAUGCCCUGCGCUAUUUGCAGCGUGCCCAGCAGAUCGGAAAGGUGGUGCUGACGCAGCCCUCGCGCAUGAAGUGUGUGGAGGAGGGCCGCUACGUGCUCUCCGGGGGCGUGGGCGCGCUGGGCCUUGUCACCACGAAGAUGUUGCUGGAAGAGGGCGCCAAGUCUGUGGUGUUGCUGUCCCGCAGGGGAGUUGUGGGCGACGAGCUGAAGCCGAUGUGGGAGAAGCUCCAAGACUUCGCGGUGGAGCUGACGGUGAAGCCCUGCGACGUCGCCAGCCUCAGCGAUGUCCAGGAGCUGGCCUGCAGUUUGAGCUCGGAAACCUUCACGGUGAAGGGCUUGCUGCACCUGGCGGCGGUGCUGGAGGAUGCCACGCUGCCCAAGCUCACGCGCAAGCACCUGGAGAAGGCCUAUGGCGCGAAGGUGUUCGGGGCUCGGCACUUGCGGCUGUGCCUUGGUGGAUUGGACUUCGCGCUGCUCUUCUCCUCCACCUCAGCCCUGCUCGGCUCGCCGGGGCAGGGGAACUACUCCGCGGCCAACCUUGCACUGGAUGCCAUGGCGCGCUAUUGGAAGGCAAUCGGGGAGACUGUGGUGGCGGUGCAGUGGGGCCCCUGGCGGGAGGUGGGCAUGGCCGCCACCAAGGGCACCGUGCAGCGGCUGAAAGCGCAGGGCCUGGGAUCCAUCAGCAACACCGUGGGUAUGGCCGCGCUGGCUGGUGCCUUGCGCGCCCCGGGCAGCGUGGUGGCCGCCUGCCCAGUGCACUGGGGCCAGUACUUGAAGCAGCGCCUGGGACGGAACAAGAUCCGCUUGACCCGCUUCCGCCGAGAGGCGGGGGCGGCGCAGUCCGGCGCCGCCCGCGGAGGCGGCCUUGCCGCCCCGCGGCGGGCGACGGUGGGCGCGGAGCAGGUUCAGUCCAUGAUCCUGGCCGUGGCGGGCGAAGUGACCGGCAGCGUAGUGUCGGCCCAGGAGCCGCUGAUGGAAGCGGGCAUGGACUCCCUGUCGGCGGUGGAGUUCCGCAAUCGCUUGGCCAAUGAGCUGCCGGGGGUGAAGCUGCCCAACACGCUGAUCUUCGACUACCCCACCGCCUCGGCCAUCAGCAUGUUUGCAGCAUCGCAGCUGUCCGCGGUUGGUGAUGCCCAGGUGGCACAGGCGGUGCCCGGCGUGAGCGCCGGGCAGGUAGAGGCUUUGGUGCUGGCCAUUGCUGGCGAGGUCACCGGCCACUCCGUGGAUGCGCAGGAGCCUCUUAUGGACUCGGGCAUGGACUCCCUGGCGGCGGUGGAGUUCCGGAACCGCCUCUCCAACGAGCUUCAAGGCGUGAAGCUGCCGAACACCUUGAUCUUCGACUACCCCACGGCCGCGGCCAUCAGCAGCUUUGCGGCGUCUCAGCUGGGCGCUGGGAGCAGCGCGGCUCCCCAAGUCGGCCUGGCAGGAGCGCCAGCUGGUGGACAGUUCGCUGCCGUGCAGGGCAUUGCAUCGACUCUGCCUGGCCGCAGGGAUGAAGGCUACUGGCAGGACCUUCUGGAGAAGAAGGAUUCGGUGGUGGAGAUCCCAUUCACAAGAUGGGACUUGGACAUGUACUACAGUGCGGACCCGGAUGAGCCGGGCAAGACCUAUGCAAAGCAUGGAGGCUUUAUCGAGGGUGCGGAGCUCUUCGAUCCCGGGUGCUUCGGGCUGAGCGCGGCGGAGGCGGGCACCAUGGACCCCCAGCAGCGGCUGCUGCUGGAGGCGGCGCACACCGCCUUCACCAACUCCGGCAGGGACAGGGACCAGCUCAUGGGUGCGGACGUGGGGGUUUUCGUGGGCCAGUGCCAGUACGACUGGUUCGUCAUGGUUAGCGUGGGGGACAAGUUCAACCCCUACACCGGCACCGGCAUCUCAGCCUCCAUCAGCGCGAACCGGACCUCGUACAUCUUCGGCAUCAAGGGCCCGAGCCUCACCUGCGACACCGCCUGCUCCUCCUCCCUGGUGGCGGCAGAUGCGGCCUUGUCCGCGCUGCGCCGCGGCACGGCGGAGGCAGCGCUGACGGCGGGGACGAACCUCAUCCUGGGCACCGGGCCGUACAUCAGUUUCAGCAAGGCCAAGAUGCUGUCGGAGGACGGGCGCUGCUUCACCUUCGACGCCUCGGCCAACGGCUAUGCCCGCGGCGAGGGCGUGGGUGCUGCCUUCCUGUCGCUGGGCGAGGCCCCGGUUUUGCUGCGCGGCACCGCCGCCAACCAGGAUGGUCGCAGCGCCUCGCUGACUGCGCCCAACGGCCCCUCCCAGCAGGCGGUGAUCCGCCGAGCGCUGGCAGAGGCGGCGGCCCAGGCGGCCCAGGUGGGCCUGGUGGAGUGUCACGGCACGGGCACAGCGCUGGGGGAUCCCAUCGAGGUGGAUGCGCUGAAGGGCGUGCUGGGAGAGACGAAUCCUUCGGUGGUCCUGACGGCAGUGAAGACCAACAUCGCCCACCUCGAGGGCGCCGCUGGUAUCGCUGGGUUCCUGAAGAGCGUCCACAUGCUUGAGCAUCACCAAGCACCGCCGAAUCUGCACUUCCAGAGCUUGAAUCCACACAUUGACUUGGAGGACUUCCCAGCGGUGAUUCCGGUGGAGCUGCAGGAGCUGCCUGAGGAGACCGUGUCAGGCCUGUCCUCCUUCGGCUUUGGCGGCACCAACGCGCACCUCACCUUCGGCGCCGCCGCCAAGCCCCAAGUGCCGGCGCAAGAGGUCGUGGCCUUCAGGCACGCGUCCUUCCCUUGGCGCGAGACUGCCUACCGGUGCCUGCGGCGGAAGAUCAUGGAUGGCCGCGACACCCAAUUCGAGUGCGCCAUCAAGUCGGAUAUCUUCAAGGUCUGUGCUGAGCACGUGGCCUUCGGCGAAAUCGUCGUCCCAGGCGUGGUCUACGUGGAGCAUGCCAUGGAGGCGGUGAAGACCAUCGUGGGGAAGGAGGGCUACUUGAAGGACCUGGCCAUGACGUGGCCACUGGUUGUGCCCAAGAAUGCGGACGAGCCGACCGCCACCACGGUCUUUUUGCGCUUCUGUCAGAUGGGUGACAAGUUCGAGAUGCGCAGCCGGCGUGGAGACAGCGAUGAGAUGAUUACUCACUGCGAGGGCCGCAUCGGACGGGGGCUGGCGGAUGCGGCCACUAUCGACCUGGAGGAAUUGCGCGGCAUGUGCACGGAGGAGGUGGAUCCCAAGGACGUGUAUGCGGCCAUCCACAAGGGCGGCCUGUGGCUGGGUCCCAGAUUCCAGGUUUGCCGCCAGAUGCAGCGUAUGCGCACCGCGCCUUCCGGGGAAGGCGGUGACCGGCACGUGUUGUGCCGCCUGGAGCACUCGCCGGAGUCGCAGCCAAACCAGGGCUUCUACAUGCACCCGGCCACGCUGGACGGCACCAUCCACGUGUUGGGCGCCACCAUGGUGGGCUGGGACGCGCCUUUGAAGAUCUUCUCCGGCAUGGGACGGGUGCAGUCGCACGUCCACCGCAACUUCUCCCGGGAUGAGCAGUACUUUGUGCACUUGGACCUGAAGACUUUCUCUGAGCAAGAGCAGGUCUUCGACUCCACGGUCUGCUCGGAGGAGGGGGAGGUGCUCUUCAAGGGCACAGACGUGGCCUUCCGCAAGGUCACUCCGGAGCAGAUCAAGAAAGCGAUGGAGAGCCAAAUGGCCGAGGACGAUCAGAAGAUCUACGAAGUGGCGUGGUCCGAGCUGAAGCCGAAGGCUUCCGAGGAGGAGGCAGAGGCUUCUCGUAUCCUGGUGCUGGCUGCGGAGGAUUCCCAGGAGAGCCGAGAACUGGCCAAGCUGCCGGGCGCGGAGGUGUCCGGCAUCUCGGAGGAGGCUCUGGAGGCCAUCGAAGAGGGCGGCGUGGAGGGUCUCGCGCACAUCGUCAGCGCCGUGGGCCUAUCCCAGGAGGACAGCCUCUCCGGCCUGGACCAUGCCUUGCGCCUGAUGAAGGCGCUGGUGAAGCUUCCCCCGGGCACCGAGCUGCCGGAGCUGUGGUUCCUCACCUGCGGGGCGGUGGCGGCGGUGCACGCGAAAGACGUGGCGCAGGUGCCGAGGCACGCGCCUUUGUGGGGCCUGGCCCGGGCGCUGCGGGCCGAGCGCCCGGACAUCCAGGUGAGGUGCCUCGAUUUGGAGAGCGCCCAACACUUGGAGGUGGAUGUUCAGGCUGCCAUGGCCACCGCCGAGCCGGAGCUCGCGGCACGCAGAGAGGGCGGCACGCUGAAGCUGCUCGGAGCUCGCCUGGUGGACACCACCUCGGCUAUGCCGGAGGAGGAGGCGUCCUUUGAGGCAGACAGCUGCCAUUUGCUCAGCGGCGGCACUGGCGCUUUGGGCUUGGUCUUCGCUGGCUGGUUGGCGGAGAAGGGCGUUAGGCACCUGGCGCUGAUGUCGCGCUCGGGCCGUGUGACUGACGACACCUUGCACAGCCUUUUCGACAAGGCUGCCAAGCUGUCGGAUGUGCAGCUGGUCCCAGGGGACAUCGCAGACCAAAGUGCAGUGAAGCAAGCGUUGGAGAAGGCCAACAAGCAGGCCCGGCUCAAGGGCAUUUGGCACGCCGCGGGGGUCCUGGACGACCACCUCAUGGCGGAGCUUCAACGCGAGCACUUGGAGCGGGUGCUACAGCCGAAGGUGGAGGGAACUUUGCACUUGCACAACUCGGCCAAGGACAUGGGCUUGGACCUGUCUCACUUUGUGCUUUUCUCCUCAGUGGCCGCCAUGAUCGGCACCGCUGGCCAAGGCAACUACUGUGCGGCCAACGCCUUUUUGGACUCCUUUGCUGCCUACCGCUGCGCCAAGGACAUGGCGGCGGUGUCGGUGCAGUGGGGACCCUGGGCAGAGGUCGGCAUGGCCGCGAGGGCCGGGACCUCCGAGAGUGUGGUCUUACGCAUCGCCCUGGCCGAGGGCUUGCGGGCCAUGGAGACCAUCCUGGGUGCGCAGCGUUUGGGCGUACUACGCGGGGUGCAGGCGGGAGUGGCCCGCAUCAAGUGGCGGUCCUUCUUGCAGCAGAUGCCGGAGGUGCCGACCUUCCUAGAGAACUUCCAGCAGUACGCUCCCAAGGACUCCAAGAAGGGCGGGAUCUUGGCCAAGGGUGCAGCGCCGUCCAAGGACUUGGUGCGAGGAGGCAUCGAGGGGGUGCUGAAGGAGGUCUUGGGGGACGACAGCCUGGAAGACUUCUCGGCGCCUUUGAUGGACAUGGGCCUGGACUCCCUGGCUGCGGUGGAGUUCCGCAACCGCGUGCAGGCCUCCUUCGAGGGUGUCCGCCUCAGCUCUACGGUGAUGUUUGACUACCCCACUGUGGCAGACCUGACGGACUUCAUCCUCUCGCAGUUUGCCCCAGAGGAGGACAGCGCCGCAGCGGGCCUUGGGGACUCCGUGGCGGUGAGGGAGCCUUUGAGCAUGCUGGGCCUGGCAGGGCGCUAUCCGGGCAUGGGCGCGCACAACGACGUCUCAGAGUUCUGGAGCUACCUCCUGUCGGGCCAAGACCCCAUUGGCGAGAUCCCCAUCGAGCGCUUCGACGUGGACGAGCUCUACGAGGAGGAUCGCUCGGUGCCGGGCAGGGUCUACGUGCGCGAGGGCGGCUUCAUCCCCGGCGUGGAGGAAUUCGACGCUUCCUUCUUCGGCAUCGCCGAGCCUGAAGCAAGGUCCAUGGACACCCACCAGAGGUUGCAGACGGAGACGGCUUACGAAGCUUUCUACAACAGCGGCUUCAACAAGGAGAGCCUGUCGAACGUGGAAUGUGGCGUUUUCAUGGGAUGCUGCACUCUUACAGGCAUUACCGUGGAUUACGAGGACAUCGGCCCCUUUACGAACAUCGGCUCCGGCCUCAGCGGCAUGUCCGGCCGCAUCUCCCACGCCCUUGGGCUGAGAGGCCCCUGCUUCACCAUCGAUACCGCCUGCUCCUCCACGCUGGUGGCCAUGGAUUGCGCGGUGCAGGCCUCCAGGCUGGGCCGCCAGGAGAUGGCCUGUGUGGCGGGCACCAACCUGCAGCUCCGCACGGACAUGUGGGUGGGCUUCUGCAAGAUGACGGGCCUGGCCGGGGACGGGCGCUGCAAGACCUUCGACGCCUCCGCGGACGGCUUUGGGCGCUCCGAGGGCUCGGGGGACUACUUCUCAGUCACAUCAGAGGCAAACCUGGCUCAAGGCCAGGGUUGA